ACUAAAGGUUCUUCAGAAUAUUAAAAUGUUCUUCACACUAAAGACCCGUUUACACCAAGAACGAUAACUAUAACGAUAACUAUAUUUGCGUCCACACCAACGAACGAUAACGGUCUGUUUAUUCUAAGCUCACGCGCUGCGUUUUUGCUGUUCUUGUUGCAUUUACACGGCUUUAACCAGCAGAUGUCCUCAGCAUGCUAUGUUUCGAGUGAAUAGUCGAUCUAAUCUAACAGCGAAUUUAGCUGACAAAGUCAAUAUAGUGGAUUAAAAAUAACGCGUAGUCUUUUUCACUGCAACUUCAAAGGAAGCAAGACAAUGUUGUCGAAACUAGCGCUGGAUACCUGAGGUAAUUUUAUUUUACACUGUUUGCUAUCCUGGCAUAAUGAUUUCAUCGUUAAUACUUCUCACCAUUUAUUCCGAGGGUAUUACCGAUUGUUUUCCAUAUAUCCAUUUUCUAUAAAGUAUCCCUGAAAAGAGGUUUUGACUUGUCAAAACAGUCGUGGCUUUUUCUGGACCUCGGCGAUUAACUAUGGCGGCGAUUAACAUUAAAAUGGCGGGCGACAUUGCGCCCGCCAUUUUAAAUGCGCGAGCCAUUAAAUUAGAAUGGAUUCUGAUUGGCUGUCAGUGUUUUAUCGCUCAACAGCUGGGGGAAAAGAAAUCGUUCUGAAAGUGAUCCGAUAUCGUUUCUCUAUAUCGUUAUAGCUAUGGUGUGGACAGUGAUAUUCUUUUAUAUUUAGAACGAUUUUUAGAACUAUAUCUUUAUAGUUAUCGUUCUUGGUGUGAAGAAUAAAUGGUUUAAGAACUGAUUACUGAAAGGUUCUUUGGGGGGAAAAAAAAUUCGGUUGUGUUUGUUUAAUUUCGGUUGUGAGGGUGCAAUGCAGUUGCUCAUCUUUCUGUUUUUAUGUUUUUAGCCAGCACACAUACAUACUUUCAAAUUGAAUAGAAAUAAAUGCUAUAAUUAUGAGCACAGGAUAUAGCUAGAGGAAAUGUACAGGUUCCCGGCAAACUUUACGAGCUCCUAGACUAAUUAUAGUGUGUGUGUGUGUGUGUGUGUGUGUGUGUGUGUGUGUGUGUGUGUGUCCUUCAGACCUGCCCUUGCUGCUCCUGGUAUUCUUAUGCGUUUCCCUGGAGAACACACACACACACGCACACACACAUCAAAUACAUUUAAACAGCCCGUGCUCCUCAUAAACACACUCAGUUCCUCAUGUGCAGCAGUGGAAACUUCUGACAGCUCUCUGUAAACUCUAUACAUUCUGUUUCUCUCUCUCACAAACACACACACACACACACACACACACUGAUGUCAUUCUGAAGGCAGCGGCAGAAUGAAUCGCCCUCAGCAUUGCGCGCGCGCGCACACACCUGACGCGCGCUCACGCUCUCCAGACGCGAACUUCUGUGCGGAGCAGACGAGAUCUUUUCACGGGAUAUUUUCGCGAAAAACUGAAGAGAGACUGAAGAUCUGAUGUGUUUAACCGCUGCUCUCAUAAUGGAUGUGAUGCUGUUUUUCUCUCUCAUCUGUGUUUUUGCAGCAGCAGGUUCAGACACACUCAGGUCAUCCAGGCCGCUGGUUCUGUCCGAUGGAUGGUGUCAGUACGGCCGGACGCAGGACUGCUGCUUGGGUUGGAUGAGAAACUCACAGGGGCGAUGCAGACCCGUGUGUGAGUCGGGCUGUAAACAUGGCGAGUGUGUUGGACCAGAUCAGUGCCGCUGUCAUCCAGGAUUCACCGGCAAGACCUGCAACCAAGAUGUGAACGAGUGUGCGUUCAGGCCGUGUAAGUACAGGUGUAUGAACACACUGGGCAGUUAUAAAUGCUACUGUCUCAACGGCUUCAUGAUGACGGCCGACGGCUCGUGCAGGAACGCUCGUACGUGUGCGAUGGCCAACUGUCAGUACGGCUGCGCGGUGAUGAAAGGAGAGGUCAAAUGUCAGUGUCCGUCUCCAGGACUGCGUCUCGCUCCCGACGGCAGGACGUGUGUCGAUGUUGACGAGUGUGUGACGGGUCAAGCCAAGUGUGCGAGGUUUCGUAAGUGUGUGAACACGUUCGGCAGCUUCGUCUGCAGAUGCCAUGAAGGAUUUGAGCUGAAGCACAUUGACGGAAAAUAUCACUGCACAGAUAAGAAGUUUCCUUCUGUUUGCUAUGACAAGCCAGGACACAAGAAAUGCAGAUGUUCACCAGGUGUUAAUGGGAAGGGUUACGACUGCAAACCUGUUGUUAAAGUCACUAUUGAACCUGCAAGACCAGUGAAAGUCACAGCCAGUCUGACCACCAUCUCCACGGCAACAACUCCCAUGACGACCACCAAAGAAAUAACCACAACAACAACAACCAUAGCCAUUCCCACCACAACCGUCACCACAGCAACUUCAGUUCCAACAAGCAGAGCUGUUACAAAAGUAACACCAGCUGUUACUUUUACUGUUGCUAUGACAACGACAGAAUCUACAACUACAACAGCCCUCACAACAACAACAACUACGACGUCUACAUCUACAGAGACACUUCCAAUCACAGUUAUAACAACAACAGCAGCGACUGUAGCGAACACGACCCCGGAGACGAGCUCCACGACGACUCUGGACAACCGCGUCCACAGAGAGAGCACGGCAAAGCCCAGAGGAGACGUACACAUUCCACGUUACGAAAACAACGUUUUUGACUGGGACUUUGAUGUUGAGCUGGGAAACACAGCGGAGCAUGUGCGAGAUGAUCCAGCGGCUGGUGUUGUGAGCUGCUCAUUUGAUGAGGGUUUGUGUGUUUGGAUGACGGACUCAGAAGGAGACCUAGAAUGGGAAAUCAAAGAUGAUCCCGCAGGUGGGCGGUACCUCUCAGUACCAGAGGCUACGAAUAAGCGAAGUGUCAGAGGGGCGCGGCUUACUGUGCCACUGGCCACACCCACAAAGGCGUGGCAGGGCGGUGACCUCUGUCUGGCAUUUAGACACCUGCUCCAUGGACACCACAUCGGCUCUCUGCAAGUGUUUGUCAGGAAGGGGCGGAGUCACAGCCCGUCAAUCUGGACCAGGACUGGAGGACAUGGCUGGAGACACACCCAAAUCACUCUUGGGGGGCGGGGCCUUAUUGAUAUUGUGCUGAAGGCAGAGAGACGGCGAGGGAAACUUGGAGAAAUUGCAGUGGAUGAUCUCAGCCUGCGACGAGGAGCCUGUAGUGAUAGAGACGACAGGACAGAGUGACACACACACACACACACACACUAGAUUGUAUUUGUUUUCAAGUUAAUGAUGUGUAUGUAUAUAUAUAUAUAUAUAUGGGCCAUUCUACAGAUUUAAAAUAUCAGUAAUCCUAAUAUAUAUAAAAUCAUUUAUUGGGUUCUUUCAGUUGGGAGGUGUCUGUCCCGAACCCUAGCCCCUAAAUUUCAACUUGUGAAAAUGAUAUUAAAAUAAUUUUUGCGUUUUUAUUUACGUUGUUGUUUUUAAAAAUAUAUUUUAUAUAUUUUUUUUUUUAAAAAGUGAAGUUAAAAAAAAUUAUUUUAUAUUUUAUUUUUAAAUCAUGGAACUUCAUAUAAAAAAAAAAUGUGUCCCACAUUUUCAUGUCACUACCGAAACAGUGUGUGUUUGAGUCCAUUGUCUGAGACUGUUUUUAACACACUUCUACAUUUUUGAUCAGGAAAUAUUCCUGUUUCUCCCUCUCAUCGCCUCUCUUUCAGAGUAGAUAGCUCCAUCAUUCUGAGUUAAAUGUGUUCAAAAGUCGGAAAAUCUGUGUGGAACUUUAAGGAACGUCACUAACAAACACCUUUUUCUGCAAUUAAGCAAACUUUUUUGGGUGUUAUUCCAUAAAAUGUAGUUUUUAUGUGUAUAACUGUUCAGAACUGUGCUAGCUAACCAUGUGCUGAUUAGUAUCUUUGAGCAGCUCAAAAGUAUCUAAAAUUGUCACUACCGAAACAGUCACGUCCAAAGCAUGUCAUCAUGUCAACAAAAUUUUAGUACAGUUAUUCAAAUCAUUAGUAUUUUAAUAUGUUUUAUUAUGCGACUUAAAAUCCUGUCAUGUGAUGUGGUCACUACCAACACAUUACUGUCACUACCGAAACUGUGCAGUCACGACCGAAACAUGGGAUGUUUUGACAAAAAUAAAGUAUACUGAAUGAUCAACUAAGAUGUUAUUAUAGUGUUUGGUUCAAUGUAUAUUCAAACUAAUGAAUCCUUCACUUUGACAUCAGUUUGAUAAACUUUAUGACUUUUACAAAGAAAGAUUGGAUUCAAAAUACAACAAAUCUCAUAAAUUACACUUGCAAUAUUGUUAAAGUUGUAAUUGUUAUUGAUUUACCUGUGAAAACUUUUUUUUUUUUUUUAAAUAGCAAAAACUAUAUUUACAAGGUAGAUGUAAACAAAAUCUUAAUAGGUCAAUGUAACCCUUCUUAUUAAAUUAUUUAUUAUUGUGUUUCGGUAGUGACAAAUUUGGGGAGAGGAAAAAUAUUCCAAAAGUUUCUGAAAAUACAAUAUGAGAAUUAACUGUACAAUUACUAGAAAUGUGUACCUUGGAUAUUAUACAAUUUGCAUACAUACAAAUUUAGUGGAAAAUACAUUUUUUUUCAAGACGUUUCCAACUCUGACUGUGAACCAAUUCUGUAGAAUGACCCAUAUAUGUAUAUAUAUAUAAAAUAAUUAUUUUAAUUAUUUAAAUAUAAUAUUUGAAUAUAUAUUAAAAUAGUUAAAUAUACAUUAUAUUUUUUUCACACAUUGCAGUAGUAGAACUUAUUGGGGAAAUUGUGCUUAAUUGUCUUUAAAACAAUGUCACAAAAUCGUACAUAAAUUCUUUUAUUUGAAGGAAUAUUCCAAAAGAAUUUCCAGAUUCAAUAUUUGAAGUGAAAUAUGACCCGAUAUAUUUAGUGAAAUUCAAUGACAUACUUACACGUGUUUGUUUCAGGGGUUUGAUUAAUAUUUAUAUUUUUCUACAUCAUUAGAUCAGUAAUAAUUUGUGUUAGUAAAUCUGUAUUAUCAGUGGCCUUGUCAUUUAAAUUAUUUAUAAAUAAUAAUUAUUACUAUUUUUUUUAUCUAGUUCUACUCGUGUUCAGUUUUCUCACUUCUCUCAGUGUUAUUGUGAUCAUGAAAUGUUGUAAAUACAUUCUGUUUUUGUAUCUGAGUGUGUAUUUAAAGCUUAAAGUGCUUUAUAAACUUGAAUCAAAA